AUGAGUUUGAGAACGCCGAAGAGAAGCAGGACCAAUGAAGAACAAGAACACGAACAAGAGCGGGUACAGAAUCAGGAUACACACAUAAACAAUCAGCACCAGCAGCGACCUGAACCAACCACCCUAUUGAGUACGCCAGUACGUAUUAAAAAUGGCUUUGGCACACCGUCGCCGCCGUCUCCACCAGGCAUAACAAAAAGCAUCACCAAAUCGAGAAGAAGGCCGUCGACAACGAGUCUUCAAGGUAUAUUCAUGUCGCCCGUCAAUAAGCGUCGUGUCGGUCCAACCGCUCAUCAACGUGCACUUGACCAUAACGAUCACGGACACGAAAGUGACAGUGAGGACGACGAAAACGAAGAAGAAAAUGAAAAUCGCAAUAAGUACGACGGACACGUUGGUAUGCCCUUGUUGCCACCGACAACUCCCAAGUCAAGACGGUCGGAGGUGUUUCUGUCGCCGUCGCCGCGCCUGAGGUCACCUCCGACGGCUGCGCGUCGGUCUGCGGGUGAGCGGCCCAUCCGCGAAAUAUCACAUACUUUGCGUACCAGGCUUAAUUACGCGCUAGUCAAGCUGCAAAAUGGGUGGACGAAUAAGACACUUCCCGAACUGGAGACGGAACUUGCUCCAGCAGUGCAGACGUCGCCACGCCGCUAUCAUAACAGAUUCCCGGAUAGCGCAGACGCGGGUACUUCUGCACAUACAGCGUUUCUUCAAGCGCUGGGAGGCCAUCCACCACGGGAGGAGGCUACGGCGGUCGAAACACUGAUGCUACUGUCGUCACCCACCAAGAAACAGCAGCACCGACCCGUGGUGUCAGCAUCCGCUGGAGAGCCCACGGACGACACGGAGCCCGAGUCGGACACCGAGGUGGAGACGUCGUAA